UUGGUGGUCAAGAUCAAAUGGUUAACUCAUGUUAUGUUAUCUUUCAUCAUUUAUUCAUGACUUAACAUGUAUGCACAGUUUGUGUGUAAACUCCUCUCGGAUGCCCUCCUCCCCUUGCUGGCUCUCUUCAGUAUGAUAUGUUUAUAGGCAUCGGCUGGGGGAGAGAGAGCGCGCGCGUUACAGCCGCUCCUGCUUGAUAAGGAUAAUCGGAAGAGGAGAGGGGCGCUGGACGGCAUGGCAUCGAAAGACACCAUCGCGACUGCUUUUGUCACAGUGAGCCGGGAAAUGACAGACAGCAUCAGACGAAUCAUUGAUAAAACGUCAAUCAAGUUAGUGAGAGCUAUCAAAGUAGAGAACAAGAGUGGCAAGUCCGAAGAUCGAAUUCUGGUUCUGGCAACAUGGCGGCUGUACCUCAUGUCCCCCAAGAUACCAACCAAGGUGGAACAAACGUUCAACUUCCUGGAGAUUCGGGCAAUGAACACCCACCCAGACAAUCAGGUUGUCAUAGAAACAGACAAGUCCACAUAUUCUCUGAGACUGCAGUCUAAUGAACAUCUGGAUCAGCUGAUUAGCCACAUCAACUUUGCUCUCUCUCGGAUCUUUAACAACUCCAUAUACACUCCCUCUAUCUUUCAUGCAGAUGGAGACGUUACCAACGGAAGUCGUAAAUUCUCUCCUAGCUCUGAAAGUUCGGUAGAGACCCAAAAGGCAUGCGGGGGUUUCUCUGAGACAUAUGCAGCGCUGUGUGACUAUAAUGGCAUAUCUUGUAAGGAGGAAGUGCAGUGGGAUGUGGAUACCAUCUAUCAUUCACAGGACAACAGAGAGUUUAACCUGUUGGACUUCAGUCACCUGGAAAGCGGGGACCUUGCAGUGAUUGUGGCAGCCAUGGCUUAUAACUCAUGGUUCACCAAACUUUACUGCAAAGACUUGCGCGUUAGUUCAGAGGUCGCGGAGCAGAUUUUGCACACUGUCAGUAAAUCGAGCAGCUUGGAGGAGAUCACGUUGGAAAAUGCAGGUCUUAAAGCAGAUUUCCCACAGAAAAUGGCCACUGCCCUGUCAGAAAACCCAGCAUCAGUCAUACACUCCAUUAACCUGGCCUACAAUUCACUGGACAACCAAGGUGUGUCUAAUCUCAUCCAGCAGGUGUGUCGGCUGAGUAAAGGCUUGCGUCUGCUUAACCUCUCCAAGACGUCGCUCUCUUCUAAGGGUGUCACGUCUCUUUCUCAGGCACUUUGCUCCAGUGACGACUACUCCAACUCGCUUCUUCAUCUGGAUCUCAGCAAGAACCCUGGAAUCCUGUCUGGAGAAGAUGCAACGAAUCUCUACCUGUUCCUGGCACAGCCGAACUGCCUGGUGCAUUUGGAUCUGUCAGGCACUGACUGUACCGUAGACUCUUUAUUUGGAGCCCUGCUGCGUGGCUGCUGUGCUGAUCUCUCGUACUUAAACCUCUCCAAAAACUCCUUCUCUCACAGGAAAGUGAGAGAGACUAUUCCUUUGUUUCGUCAGUUCUUCAGUUCAGCUUUCAGCCUAACUCACAUCAGUCUGGCUUCGAUGAAGAUGCCCCCGGAUGUGCUGAGGGCUCUCUUUCUUGGGCUUUCAUCCAAUCCUCACAUCACCGACCUGAACCUGGACAUCAGUGGCUGUGAGCUCAGGUCUGCAGGAGCAGGAAUAAUACAGGAUCUGUUCCCUAGAGUCUCCUGCAUCAGCACACUGGACAUCUCAGACAAUGGGCUGGAUGCUGAUCUCCUCUCUGUCAUUCCUGCAUUCUCCAGACACCCAUCUCUCAAACAUCUGCUGCUGGGCAAAAACUUUAACAUCAAGGGCAGGGUUCUGGAUGAGGUUUUGCAGAAACUAGUGCAUCUAGUGCAGGAGGAAGAAUGUGCCCUGCAAAGCCUUUCUCUGGUUGACUCCCGGCUGCGUUCACGUGGGACGGUGCUUGUGAACGCUCUCGGCAGCAACGCUUGCCUGAAGAAGGUGGAUCUGAGCGGAAAUGGACUGGAGGACACAGGGGCAAGGAUGCUCAGCAAAGCCAUACAGAUCAACACCACACUCAGAAGCGUAACAUGGGAUCGAAAUAACACAACUGCUACAGGUUUCCAAGAUGUGGCCCGAGCAUUAGAACAUAACUUCACUCUGCAGUACAUGCCCAUCCCUCUCAGUGAUGUCACACAGGCGUACCGUAGUGCCCCCGAAAAGACAGAACAGGCUUUAACUAAGAUCCAGCGGGCUCUGUUAAGGAACAACCAAACGCAACGCUUUUCUCAGAAACAGGCCCUUCGGUUACAUCAGGGUCUGGUCACCAGUACUGCAGAACAGGUGAUGGAGCGUCUGUGUGUCCGUGUGCAGCAGCAGGUGUGUGUGUUGAGAGGAUCGGGUGAAGGAGAGGAGCUACAGGCUGCCAGACAGGUCCUGAAAGAAGCCAGGAAUUCACGAGCUCUAUACCCAUCUCUUUGUGAACUGGCUCAUGUGCUGUCAGUAGAUGGACCCGUGAGACAGAAAUUGGAUUCUCUGGCUGGAGAACUGGCCAAGGCUGCUGAUAAAGAACUGCAGGUAAUCGUGGACUCCAUGGUGUCUCUGUGCCGUGAGCUGUGUCCGCUCUCGUGUGCUGCAGCCGAGUGUCUCUCUCCCCCUCUCUCCUCCAUCUCAGAGCGUGUGUCCAUCCCUCGAUCGUCCAUCCGCACAGCACUGAUGGAGAGAGCGGCUCAGGACAUCAACAGGGCUCUGGAGGAAGUCAAGCUGUCUGUGGUGUCCUAUCUCACCAACUCUAUAGUGGACCAGAUCUUACAGGAACUCUAUGCCACGCACAAAACUCUGCUCCGGCAAGUUUCUCAGAUGCGACGGCUGGAAGAUGGCGGAACGGCCAGGCGGGCGCACAGACACGCCGACAUACUGGACGUGGUGGAGGACGACUUCGGCAUCAGCAUAUAUCUGUCAUCUCACGUAACUCAGCGUCUUCAUCAUCUGCUCCAUAUGCGAUGUUCUCACUGGCUUCUGUCAUUCUGCUCGCAGGACACAAUUGCCAUUAAGAAACGCAGCUCCAGGACCAGACGCAUCCGUCCCGUGUCCAACAGACUCAGUCUAGGUGACGACCCUAACACCUCACCAUUAGUCUCCACUCCUCAGACAUCGGCUCCCAUCUCACGCUCGGCAUCAUGGGAAGGUCUGGCUACACUGCCUACCCAGGGCUCACCUCUGCGUCACGUGACCCACGUCAGACCCCGCCCACCACGGAAACACAGAACUGCACACGCUCCCUUUGAGACACACUGCUCUGAGAAUGGAGGAGUAUCUCUAUUGGACGACGGACUGCCUGAUUUCUACACCAAGAGAGUUUUAGCAGACAGCAGUCAGCUCUCUUCUCACCAUCAUGCUCAGGCUUUGAGGAGAAAGAAAAGACGCAGCGUGCUAUCCAUCUUUUCAGGAUUCAGGAAGAACCGUAACUCUACCAUAUCCUAUCAGGAGCCAGAACUCACAGAAAGGGGCGGGGCCUGCGGGGACGAAUGUCGCACUAAUAUUGCCACUGAGAAUGUGUACUCCCUGAUUCAGCAUCCUAAGGAUCGUGGGAGAUUAGACCCCGAGGGCACCAAUGGGAGGCUGGUAGGACACGGUGUCCAGAGAACCCCUCAGCUGUCAGGACGGGUCAUUCAGGGCAUACCCCUACCUGGAAUGAUGGGAAUGAGCCCCUCUUGCUUCUCACAGAGACAGUCCCCCGAUUACAGCGAGGUGUUUGGCUCUUCUGAAGAGAUCGGAUACGCAGAACACGAUAUGGACCGACAUUCAGAUAUCGUGACUAAAGGGUCCACAGACAGACAGACAGAAACAAUGAGACAGGAGUCACAAUCAGACAGCCAGAAAAAAUCAAACAGCAUAUCUGACUCUCAGUUGGUGGAAGCCAGAAAGAGACCUGAGCCACCACCUCAGAGCUUAAAGCCGAGCUUGGCUAAAACACGGCAGCGACAUCUGGAGGAGAGCUCUGAUAAAUCCACCGAAGAUUCUGGAGAACUGAGAGAGAAAGAUGAGGAAAAAGAGGACAGAAGAUGUCCAGACCAGAAAGAGCACAGAUCAGAAAGACAAACUCCACCCAUCCCUGAAAAGCCAUGUUAUUAUUCACCCCACACAUCUUCCAAUGGCUCCCCACCACAUGAAGCGGACAGUGAGAACAAGGCACCGCCUGAUCCGCCCAUUUCUGCCAAGCCUGGAUUUUAUUCCACUUCAGUAGAUGCUGCUGUACUUCAAGGUGAGGAAGUAAAAAGCAGCCCCGUGGGUCCCAUGAAACCACACCGAAACAGGAAAGCAAACUCAUGUGACACAGGUAUGGAACAGGAUAUCAGAUGUGAUCUGGAAAGAUCUUCAGAUCGCAAACCCCCAGUGAAAAAACCCAGACUCCCUCCAAAGCGAAAUAAAUCUUUGGAUUUUCCUGGUCAUCAGAGUUCGGAGCCAAGCAACGCUGAGACAUCACGACAACCAUUUGAGCCAAAGCUUUGUGAAGACAGAGAGUCAUUGUGAUGCUGAUCGAGCGGAGACAGAUUUGAUCUGCUGAAUAGAUGAACUUGAACCUCAAAGAAAAUUCAUAAAGACUCUUGUUUUCAGCUGUCAAUCAAUUUCAUAUUGUUAUUUCACAAUCACAUAUACACACAAACACACACACACAUAUUCUUGCUUACUCAAGUGACCUGUUUUGCUUUCCUUCUUGCUGUAUCCAUUUUUACUUAACAUUCUGCACUAUUAUUCCUUCUUUUAUUUCUCUCGCUCGCUCUCCGAGUCUGCUGACAAUCUUUGACAUUAAAGAACUUUUGCUAUUUAUCUUUAAAACGAUAGAAUGAUAUUUUGUAAAGUAUAAUAUAUAAACAGAACAAAUAUUUGCACUAAUCAGCGCUUGAAUUUUCAUUACGUUUAGUGGAAUUGAUUUCCUCUCAUGUCCAACGUUACCGUGUGAAGUUUUGUAGUGUACGACUAACCUAUUCUUAUUGUUUUCGUUGACACAAUAUCAUGAGCAGUGUUCCUGUUGUCAAAGUCUGCAUUGUUUAUGCAACUGGAUAAAUGUUUAAGAGUUUGCUGAGCUUUAUUUUCUACUAAAUGUGAUUGAAUGAAUAAAAACGGAGAACUACA